GUAUACAAAAAAGCCAUGAGAAGAUUUCUUUACAUAUUCUGUUAUGAAAUCUGUAUCAGAACCCUAUAUCUUAACAAGUCCUGCAUCGAUCAGGACGUCUUCAUUUUCAAUCAGUCCGGGUUCAACGGGCUCGCUGACUUGAAUGACAGGCACAGAGACAUGCGGCUUGAUGUUGACGACAUGUCCUAUGAGGAGCUAUUGGCGCUCGAAGAGAGGAUUGGUUAUGUCAAUACUGGACUUUGUGAGCAGACAAUUUUGAAGUUCUUGAAGAAACGGAAAUACUCGCCUUGCGAGUUGGAGGCAGCAGCUUCGGAGCAGGAGCCCUGCUGUAUCUGUCGG